AUGUAUUAUGUACCCAUAGUCAUUCACAUCUUGAUUAUUGGUUGCGGCCUUGCUGGUCUCACCACAUCUAUUGCGCUUGCAAAAGGUGGUCAUACAGUAGAGAUAUUGGAGAGCUCUGCACAUAUCUCAUACAUUGGAGCUGGUAUUCAGAUCACACCAAAUGCGUCCAAGGUUCUCAGACGGUUGGAUAUCGAUUCGUACAUUAAAAAAUAUUGCUCCUAUCCUGUUGAUUUAAGAAUGAUGCGUUGGAAGGAUGGUCAGGUCCUCGUCGAGUGUCCGUUGGAAGAACCUGCGGAAAAUGUUUAUAUGUCUCCUUAUUGGCAUGUUCAUCGCGCUAAUCUUCAUCGUGGACUACUGAAUGCUGCAAUGGACCACGGUUGUAAGGUUCGGUUGAACAGUCGCGUGGUCAGUAUUGAUCCUUCGGUGCCUACGCUUGCUACACAAGAUGGAAAAACUUAUUCUGCAGACUUGAUUGUCGCAUCAGAUGGUCUACAUUCGAUGGCUCGUGAAGUUAUCCUAGGUAGAGCUGGUGCGCCAAUUCCAACAGGCCAGAUGGCAUAUCGCGUAAUAUUCCCGAUCAAAAAACUUGAAGGUAUCCCUGAAUUAGAGGAAAUUAUCACCAUUCCUCGAAAUAAUCAUUGGAUUGGUCCCAAUGCAACUAUCUUGUCAUACUUGUUGGAGGGUAAGGAGGAAAAGUUGCUGAAUCUUGUUUUCACGUUGGUUUCUCUCGUGAUCGGCAUGAUUCUUGAACAUGUGGAUACGGUAUUAGAAUGGAGGCUCUACACCCACGCAGAACUAAACACCUGGAUUCAUACAUCAGGAAAACUCUGUCUAAUCGGCGACGCAGCCCAUGCCAUGACACCCUACCUCGCGCAAGGAGCAGCCAUGAGCAUCGAAGAUGCAGGCAUCCUAGGUGCACUUCUUCAAAAGUACCCCAACAAAAACACACUUCCAGAAACAUUAUCAACGUAUUUCAAUCUUCGACAGAAGCGAACUGCAAUGAUUGCAAAGGCGUCUAUUGAAUCGAGAUAUUUUACGCAGAUGUCUGAUGGGGAUUUGCAGAAAUCCAGAGAUGAGUAUCUUCUGUCGCAUCCGGGUAUUUGGGAGGAGCAUGUUAAUAUUCGGUCUCGGAGGGAGUUUUUGGAUGAACUUUUUGGUUAUGAUUUGGGUAAGGUUUUGGAAUGUCAGUCUGUGCUAGUUUAA